AUGGCUCUUUUUUGUCGAGAGUUCAACGAAAAAACUCAAAAACUAGAAAGUGGAAAAAUAGUAAGCGUGGAAAUAACGGUGUUGAAAAAUAGUUAUCAAUUUCGUCUUAAAGGUCGCGUAAGUUCAGAUUUAAUUAAAGAGACUAUUGGAGAAAAAAAGGAAAUUACGCCCUCCGAGUUAGAAAAAAUCGCCCAAGAAAAAUUAAUUUACUUAAAUACUGAUGAUUUAGAGCAAGCCAAGAAAAUUAUCGCUGGCACAGCCCAGAGUGAGCAAACGAAACUUCCUAAUGAUUUUCACCAGGAGAACUUUUCGGCAAUUUUAACUAACCGGAUGGUGAUUACGGGAAAAGCCAUACUCAAAACUACCGAACCUCCUUGGGAAAAUCCGAGGAGGAAAAUGUGUGAAGACGGAAUUCCGUUCGCUAUUUCGGCAGCAAUUAACUGUUCGAGGGCAACUACGGAGUCUAGCAGACCACAUUCUUCUUCUCCCUCAAUCAAUUGGCUCCACAAGAGCUCGCCAAGUUCUUGGACGGCUGUCUCCCAUAAUUGGGCUAUUCCUCCUAAACCGUGGAGACAAAAAAUUACAAUUUGGUUGGACAUGAGACUCAGUUGGUUAGAGCGUUCGACUGAAGCUCGAAAGGUCGGCAAACGAUUAGGAAAAAAAGUUACUCAAGCACAGUUAGCUGAAGAAAUUAACGCCUUUCUUGAAACAAUAGAAGAAAACUUAGUUGCUGUUAAGCCUAAUCUUCGCAAGCCGGGGGAAAGUAUCACCGUUCCCGCCCAAAGACGCGUCAAACUUCGGGUCUCGGACGAUGACUUGAAACGAGCCCAGAACUUGUCUGAGUUAGAAAAAAUUUACAAAACUCUCAGUCGACAAGAAGUUUACAAGAAUAAUAAAAAACACAUCGACCGGGUUUAUAGCAGUUGCGAGACUGGUUUCGUUGGUUGCGGAAAAAAGGAAAAGUUAACGCUCUCGUUUCGAUUAGAAAUUUUUCAGUUGGAGUGCGGGG